UAUAAUAGUUCAUCACAGUGGAGUUAUAACAUUACUUCAUACAUAUUUGUUUGAUGUUUACAUACAAUGGUAUUAUUAAUUGUUCAUUUUAUUUUAUUUUCAUCAAGGAUGCAGGCUCUACGAGUAAAGUACAGAGAUCAUCAGAAGUACAUUUGUUUUGAGGGGCAACUGACCUUCAAAUCCUUUUUGGAUUGCGUUGCCAAAAAAUUUGACAUUCCCACCUUGGACUUAAAGGUCUAUGAUGAAUCUCAGACUGAAGUUGACGAGGAGGUGUUUGAGUUUCUUCUAAUGAAACAAGACCUUGGUGUGCUGGAGAUUUGUUUACCCCGAAGCCCAAAUCUUGAUGAUUUGUUGAGCUCCCCUGCAAGCAGUUCCUUUGGAAACUUGAGUGGAGACAAUUCAAAGGACUCGGAUGACACCAUUAUAUUGCAGCAAAGUCCUGAUACAAGAAAGAGAGCUGAGGAUGCUCGUCUAGGUCAGAUGAUCGAAGGCGUUCUCAAAAACAAACCUGGAGGAGAGAGGAUCUUGAAUGAGUAUGCCCGGACAAAAAGCCUAACAGAUAGCAGAAGACGCGAUAUGGUCAAGAUAUUGGUUGCUCAUAUGACAAGUGAACAUGGGACCAGUCCUUCGAGACAUAUUAAAGAGGAUUAUGCAAAGGGAAUCACUGCCUUGUUUCCAUACCUGGCUGAUCCUAGGAGCAAGUUUGGCUAUGAGCAUUUUUACAAUGCAGAAGAUGGGAGUGGGUAUCUGGCAUGGAGACUGAAAUUUGUUCAAAAGGAAUCAUCAGAGGGACAAAAGAAGACCCCACGUCAGUCACUGACAGGUGGUCCAAUAGCUGAUAGAGAGCCCUACAGAGAGGAAAACUGGCUAACCACAGAAAGCCUGUGCUGUGAGGCCAUUGCACUGAUGAAGCAUACAGCUGAUGAAGCAAUUGUCAAGGAGAAGAUGAAGCAGACAUUCAGCUAUCGUCAAAAGAUGGUUCAUGACCCAAUUAAGGCCUCUGAAAUAUUCACAGCUUUUCCAAGAUUCCUAGACAUAGCAGGAAUGAUUGAGCAGGAUUUUAAUCUUAUGUUUGGUGGUGCCACCUCUGCAAAGUUCCUGGAGAAGUGGCCCACUGUCUACAAGCAGAAAGUCCUUGAACAAAGCCGUGGCCUCACACAGACAGGGGAACUUCAAGACCUGGUUCAAAAUGCUGAGUCCACAACAGAAGUGGAAAAUGGAUGGGACAAUGACAUGUCAUCCAUUUUGGUUCUUGUCCACCUUUUGCCACCGUCUCCCCAUGGCCGCAAGCGACCAGGAAAGCUCUCAGCCAAACAAGCCAGUGACCAUCUUGUAAAGUUCAUCAAGACUGGGACCAGUGUCCAAGGGCAUCUGGACAGCAUCAUGGAAUGUCUUCAACCCUAUCUGCUUGCUGUGGGGACCAAGAGAAGUGUAAUUCACACUUACUUCAUUGUGAUUGACAAACAUGCAAUACCAUGUAAGUCACCAGACUCUCUUGCCUGUUUGAUGAGCUUUUCAAAGCCCAUUUGUCUUUGGCCCUUCUACAACUGA